CUGAAGUUGCUCUACAAAGUACAAACUAGGGGUUUGAUUUCUGAUUCACAGAGAGAAAGAGAGAGAACAUGGCGUGAAAGAGAUGUUUUAUCUUUGCAUUCAGAGCCGUAAGAAUUCUUCGAUUGCUAAAUUAAGGGAUUAAUCGAAGUCCCUAUGCUUCGGUGUCCUCGCAAGCUUGCUUGUGAAGAACUUGCUUCUUGCUUCCUUCUUGUUGUCCGGCUGUCAAAUCAGAAGUGCAAGAGUAGCCAUUACGCAAGUGUACUCUUCAUGGAUCCUAGCAAUAGCAGGAACUACAGUAGCGGAGUUCUAGAUCCCUCUGGAAGAAGUCCAAAUCAAUCUGGUUGCCCUCUAAAAUUUGCAUCGAAUGAAACUUAUUCUGUUCUUCAAUCGAAUGGUCUCCAGCACUGGUUCAAAAACUGGCAAGAACUCAGGAAGCAUAAAUUGACAGCAAGCACUUUUGCCGGGGCUAUUGGUUUUUGGCCUCGCCGAAGAGCCCAGCUGUGGUUAGAGAAAAUCGGCGCAAUUGAGCCAUUUUCUGGAAACCUGGCUACCUGUUGGAGUAAUAUCAAAGAAGAGGAUGCACUUGAACGGUACAAGCUCAUAACAGGAAAUACUGUUUUGUUUCCGGAAUUUCAGGUCUAUGGUGAGAGAAACCCCGAAGAUGAUUGGCUAGCAGGUUCACCAGAUGGGGUAGUUGACAGGCUAGUUUAUGGGUUGCCUUCACGAGGAGUGCUGGAGAUAAAGUGUCCAUAUUUCAAUGGAGAUGCGAGCAAGGCUCUCCCUUGGACACGAGUCCCCCUUUACUGUAUUCCACAAGCUCAGGGUUUAAUGGAAAUAAUGGACAGGGAUUGGAUGGAUUUAUAUGUUUGGACUCUUAAAGGGAGUAGUCUAUUUCGGUUAUACAGAGAUAGAGAAUACUGGCAUGUGUUGAAAAUAGCACUCUCUGAUUUCUGGUGGAAGCAUGUCCAUCCAACCAAGGAGUUGUGCCAUAAAUCUGUGAUCACGAAUCCCCUCACUGAAUUACGAUCACUCAGGCCAGCACCAAGGCAUGAAUUAUGUAAUUAUAUAGUUUAUGAAAGCAAACACGCGGUUGAUAACUCCAAGUUGUUGAUGCGUGAAAUUUAUGGAAAACUGCAAAACUGAUGCAUCUGAAUGUCCAAUUUUUGGGUUUUUGAACCUUGUGGCUUAAGUAGAUGGGAUUUAUUAUCUAAGUAACAAGUGGUUGAAGUAUCCUUUGCCUGAGUAGUUGAAGUUGAAGUAAUUUGUCAUUUGGAACUCUCGCCUGGACAAGAAAGAGGGGAAAAAUUUCUGGUGGAGGUAGAAAUUCUGAUGUUAAUCAUGACAGAACCCAGAUCCCUUUAUCAAAAGCAAAUGCAGAAAUAAAAUCCUUAAUAUGAUUACAAGAGAAUGAAUAUAUUUUCCUAUAUAGCCAUGGUGCGAUAUAUAGCAAAUGGGAAGACAGUAGAGAUCGGAAGGUUCAGAACUUUCAGUUACGUCACUGGCUACUCUUCGGGUGUUGAGUACAUUUUCCAGGACAGCUAAUACAGCACUGGAGGAUGACUUCUACCAGACUCAGAGAAAUGGAAGAUUGCUAAAAUUUACUUGAAGAUGCUUGGGAGGUUUGUACUUAUCAAAAAAGAUGCUUGGGAGGUUUGUUUAUGCCUCUGGUAUUAUAUUCAUCAUUUUUCUUUAUUUGUUUGUUAAGAUAGUUUGCACCUGACAUGUCCAAUGUCAUGCAUUGUUGUGAUAGUAUCAUUGUUUGCCCCCCUAUAUAUAUAAGAGAAAAUAAAAUACAACUUCUGGAUUAGCCAAUUAUUUUGUGCUAGCCACAGAUCCAUGAGAUGAUUCCUCAUUUCUAAAGCAAUUGCUCAAGAUUUAAGAAGAAAGAAAAAUCAGAUGAUCCACAUUAGCAUUAGGAGAAAGAUUAUUUUCAUUUGGCAUCAACGACUGAUGCAUGUUAAGAAUAGAAAUCCAUUGUAAUAGAUGUUUAUUUGAAUUCCC